AGUCUGUUCACCAGCGCUCGGCAGCAGCAGAGAAGGCGUUCGGGAGUUCAAAAUGGCCGCGGCGACGAUGGUGGAGUCAGGGCUGAGGGGUCGCGGAAUUGAAGAUGCUGAUAUUUCAGAGAGAAGUGCAAAUGAAGAAAAUGGGGAUAUUUCAGAAGUUGACCAACCUCAAAAUAAGCACAGCAGACAUAAAAAAAAGAAACAUAAACAUAGAGGAAAGCAUAAGAAACACAAACAUUCUUCAGAAGAUGAUAAGGACAAAAAGCAUAAACAUAGACACAAGCAUAAGAAACAUAAACGAAAGGAGGUUAUUGAUGCCUCUGAUAGAGAAGAUGGGCCAGCAAAAAGAACUAAAAUUGAUUUCUUAGCCCCUCUAGAAGACUUGGAAAAACAAAGAGCACUGCUAAAGGCUGAACUUGAAAAUGAAUUAAUGGAAGGAAAAGUUCAGUCUGGGAUGGGAUUAAUAUUGCAGGGUUAUGAGUCAGGUUCUGAAGAAGAGGGAGAGAUCAAUGACAAGGUUAGAAAUGGAACUAGAUCUACAACUAAAUCAUCAAAUAUUAAGGGAAAACAGGAGGUUGCAGAUAAUAAAGCUAUUUCAAAGAAACGGAGUAGAAGUAAAUCAAAAGAACGGACUCGACACAGAUCUGAUAAAAAGAAAAGCAAGUCAGGAGUUGAUGGAGUAAAAGAGAAAACAACUAGAAGUAAAUCAAAAGAAAGAAGAAAAUCCAAAAGCCCAUCUAAAAAAACCAAGUUACAAGAUCAAGUAGGAAAGUCAAAAUCUCCAACCCUUAAAAGGCACUCUCAAGAGAAAAAUAGGAAGUCCAGAUCUCCUCCUGAGGAGAAGACUAAAGUAGAGGAGAAGACUAAAUCAAGAGAUCGUAAAAAAUCUCCAAUUGUUAGUGAAAGUAAAAGUAGAGAUCGUGGCAAAAAAUCCAAAUCUCCAUUAGAACAAAGAAGCAAAUCCAAAGACAGACGAUCAAGGUCCAAAGAGCGAAAAUCCAGGAGACCAGAGACUGAUAAAGAAAAGAAACCUACUAAGUCUCCUUCUAAAGAUGCUUCAUCAGGGAAAGAAAACAGGUCUCCUAGUAGAAGACCAGGCCGCAGCCCUAAAGGAAGAAGUUUAUCUCCAAAACUGCGUGAUAAACUAAGACGCAGUAGAUCACCUCUUGUUAAUGAUCGCCGAUCUAAGCAGAGUAAAUCACCAUCUCGAAACAGGUCUCCUGGUAGGAGAGCAAAGAGCAGGUCAGCAGAGAGAAAAAGAAGAGAAUCAGAAAGGAGGCGGUUUUCCUCACCAAGAACGCGAACUAGAGAUGAUAUCCUCUCUAGACGUGAGAGAUCAAAAGAUGCCAGCCCACCUAGGUGGUCCCCAUCCAGAAGAAGAUCCAGAUCUCCCAUUCGGCGAAGAUCUCGUUCACCUCUUCGCCGUAGCCGGUCUCCAAGAAGGCGUAGUAGAUCUCCUCGGAGGAGAGAUAGAGGUCGACGUAGUAGAUCUCGUCUUAGGAGAAGAUCCAGGUCACGGGGUGGCCAUAGACGGAGGAGCAGGAGCAAAAUAGAAGAUAAAUUUAAAGGAAGUCUUUCUGAAGGAAUGAAAGUUGAGCAAGAAUCCUCAUCAGAUGAAAACCUUGAAGACUUUGAUGUUGAAGAAGAAGAUGAAGAAGCUCUUAUAGAACAGAGAAGGUUACAGAGGCAAGCAAUUGUGCAGAAAUACAAGUACUUGGCUGAUGACAGUAACAUGUCUGUGCCGUCAGAACCAAGCAGUCCUCAGAGCAGUACUCGCAGUCGCUCAAAUUCACCUGAUGACAUUCUGGAACGGGUGGCUGCAGAUGUUAAAGAGUACGAACGGGAAAAUGUGGACACUUUUGAGGCCUCGGUGAAGGCCAAGCACAACCUCAUGUCUGUUGAGCAAAACAAUGGUUCAUCUCAGAAGAAAAUCACAGCACCUGACAUGUUCACAGAAUCUGACGAUAUGUUUGCUGCAUAUUUUGAUAGUGCACGCCUUCGGGCUGCUGGCAUUGGAAAAGACUUCAAAGAAAACCCUAAUCUCAGGGAUAACUGGACUGAUGCAGAAGGAUAUUACCGUGUUAACAUUGGUGAAGUUCUAGAUAAACGUUACAAUGUAUAUGGUUACACUGGGCAAGGAGUUUUCAGUAAUGUGGUGAGGGCCAGAGAUAUGGCAAGAGCCAAUCAAGAAGUCGCUGUCAAAAUCAUCAGGAACAAUGAGCUUAUGCAGAAAACUGGUCUAAAAGAAUUAGAAUUCUUGAAGAAACUCAACGAUGCAGACCCAGAUGACAAAUUUCACUGUUUACGAUUGUUCAGGCAUUUUUAUCACAAGCAGCAUCUCUGUCUGGUAUUUGAACCACUCAGUAUGAAUUUGCGAGAGGUUCUGAAGAAGUAUGGAAAGGAUGUUGGUCUCCAUAUAAAGGCUGUACGAUCCUACAGUCAGCAGCUGUUUCUAGCCUUAAAACUUCUAAAAAGAUGUAACAUCUUGCAUGCAGAUAUAAAACCAGAUAAUAUUUUGGUGAAUGAAUCUAAAACCAUACUAAAGCUAUGUGACUUUGGAUCGGCCUCACAUGUGGCUGAUAAUGACAUCACUCCAUACCUUGUCAGUCGAUUUUAUCGUGCCCCUGAAAUUAUUAUAGGCAAAAUCUAUGACUACGGUAUAGAUAUGUGGUCUGUAGGCUGUACAUUGUAUGAACUUUACACAGGAAAAAUACUGUUUCCUGGGAAAACCAAUAACCAUAUGUUGAAGCUUGCUAUGGACCUCAAGGGAAAGAUGCCAAACAAGAUGAUCCGAAAAGGUGUGUUCAAAGAUCAACACUUCGAUCAAAAUCUCAACUUUAUGUAUAUAGAGGUAGAUAAAGUAACCGAAAGGGAAAAAGUAACUGUCAUGAGCACCAUUAAUCCAACAAAGGAUCUGCUGGCAGAUUUAAUUGGGUGCCAGCGCCUUCCUGAAGACCAGCGUAAAAAGGUUCACCAGCUGAAGGACUUGUUGGACCAGAUCCUUAUGUUAGACCCAGCUAAACGGAUUAGUAUCAACCAGGCUCUGCAGCAUGCCUUCAUCCAGGAGAAAAUUUAAAUCCAGUGAAGAAGUUCAAAGGGUUUGAAUAGUUAUUAUACAAAGACUGAUGAAAUUUCACAGCAGUUUAUAAAUGUACAUAAAACAUAUAAAUAAUUUCCCUGCAGAGUUGAGAAAGAAUGGUAUAUUUGAAUUAACACCAAGACUGAUAUUUCUUUUAGAAAUGUUAGCGUACACCCUUGUCUCUCAUGUGAAGAUUUUUUUCACUUGUAGAAUUGUUUUAAUUGCCAAGACUGCACAGAAGUACAACGCUAAUGUCUAUGGUUGCAGUUCCUGUAACCACACAAACACACGUUAUCUAAAACAGAAAAUCUGUUCAGAAAGAUGAGUAAGACCGGGUGGUUGAUUUUAGUUUUUAACAGAUUUGGCUUCAUUUUUGUCUCUGAAAAAUGGCCAGCAUAAAUGCUGUUUAUAUUACGUUUUCCUAGGUGUGUGCGUGCAGGCCACAGCAGCAUGCCCUUGGUGUGUAGUCAGUGCCGAAGGGGGUCUGUUCCUUCUUGAGCCUGCCCGCAGGAAUGGUCUCCUCUUUUAAAGCAGGUUGUGUACAACUUUCAGUACACUGAAGGUAAGCUAAACCAUCAACAUCACCGGUGUUUAAGUUACUGUACUGGGACAACUGACAAAUGAGGGUCAAUAGCUUUGUAGCAGAAUUUCCCUGCAUGUUUGAUAAGUGAUCUUGUUUUCAUUUUCUGGCAUUACAACUGUGGCAUAGUUCCCACUUCUGUUCGGUCAUCCCAUUUAAAAAAAUUGGGGGAAUGUGCACUUGAUGGAGAGAGCGCCUUCAGUGUACUGUUUAUUACCUUCAUUUUUUAAAAAAAUCAACUUGCUGUAUAUAUAGACUUUAUAUACAUUUUGUUAAAUACAGUUCACUAUGGCAUAGACCCAGAGCUUAGAGAAGAGUUUUCAUUUACUAACAACAGAUAUCGAACUCUGAUUCCGAAAGUCCUUAUCUCACGGCCAGAUAGAAAACAUCGUAAUAAACUUUUUAGCUAUUUGUAUGUCAUUUGAAAGUGUACUGCUUUAUGCUAAAGGUGUUUUUAAUUUUGUUCAUUGUUUUCAUUAUUUGUGAUCAUGUUGUCUUUCAAUACAGGCAUAAACCUUCCACUCUUGAACAAAGCAGCUGCUUUUUAAAAGCGACAAAGGAAGGCAAGUCACAGGCCAUUCAACGCCUACUCCAGUGGGUCUGGUUUGCUGAGACACCAACGUCACCUUCCUAACAAGGUUAUUUCUGACAGCAUGUGUAGAUAAACAUUUAGCAGCAACGUAAACGGUAGUUUGUUGUUCAUCGUGAGGAUCCCCAAAUCAGUGAAUUCAUGAUUGCCGAUCCAGUUCUUGGGUUAAAAGUGAUCUAUUUUUGUACAUUUUUGUGUAAGUUCCACAGCUGUAUGAAACCACGAUCCUAGGUACUUUGUAAUAGUCCCUUAAAUAGGAUUUCUUUAAAAAACAUAGUUGCUUUUGAUGUGUGCAGUUUAGUGCAAUCAGUCAAUCUGCUUGUGGAGCGCUCCUCGUGAGAUGUUCUCCACCCCGGCAACAUAGUGAACCACAAAGGAGGCAGAUGGCAGGUGAUGUCACCUGCCUGUGUUGAACUUCUACCCUGUCUCCUCUUCUUCAGUUUAUAAAUAGUAAACGUAUUUCUCUCUCAACUUACUUAAAACAUUUCUUGUUCGUGCAGGAGACAGGACGCAGCUUUGACACUCGAAGAAGUAGAUUACUUGAUAGCUAUUUGCACACAAAAGUAAUGUGAUGCAGUGCUCUGGUGACACUUCCAGCCUAACUUGCACAUCUGGUGGCAGUCUGACACAGAUGUUGUACAAUUCUAUGGCCUCCAUCAUUGUUUCAUAUCGCUGUUACACAAAUAGUGAAAAGAACUGGUCAUGUCAACUCCAGUAGCAGCUGCGUGCCUUAUGGCUACGUAAUUUUUAAACCAUUCUCAAGAAAAACAAAGUUGCUUGUUCACUUGUUCUUUGUGUUGUAGGUGCCGUUCAAAUGAAGAUGAUGGCUACCAGAAGACAUGAACAAAGGGUAAGUGGCAGAAAACCUGUGGGAAACAUUUGUAUGGAAUGACUUGUGCUCAAGAGACAGAUCAGUCUAUGAAAAUACAGAAUGCUGGUAUCUUUGACGAGCUGUAAUGGAGACCUGUGUAUCAAAAUGUAAAGUGGUAGUUCACUUCAAGAUAAUAAAAUAGCUUUGAAAAUAAUCUGUUAACAUUUGUAAUUUUUAUGAAGUUCAUUCAGUUAAGAAAACUUUUAGUGCUGGAUUCUUUUAAAUAUUAGAUACCCAGACAAUUUAGGGGUUGGUUCAAAGGAAGGUCACUAUAUUGAUUUACUACGUCUUUGGACUCCGAUUUCCUCUGGUGAAGGAGCCUGCAUGACCCCCACACACGCAGCCAAACAGCAAUAAUUAAUCUUUGUCUCCUGCUCCAAAGCUGAGUUGGUAAUUUAGUUUAAUUCAUGUGCACACUUUACUUUUGCUUAAGGCAAUAGCUUGCUAUCCAGAAAUAUUCAGAUUUUAGAUUCAUUCCAUGACACUUGUGGGUUUGGGACCACAUUUAUAUAUUUUAAAAAC